AUGUCUCUAAGCAAUUACAUAGACCCUGAAAAUGCUCCUAACUACGAGGACAUGGAGAAGCAGUUUGCCGUGAAGGCUGUCCAGCAGAUGACAGUCUACUGGAAUAUCCUCGAGAAGCUGCCUGGUUCAAAACUUCGGCUUACGAGACUGGACGAUCAAAUUCUGGAGCACUUCAAAAGUGAGUUUCCCGACUUCGAUCCGGCCGAGGAGAUUGAUGAGGAUAAAAUGAAGAGCAAAGAGGGCAAGGAGAAGUGGCGCAAGUUUGCGAUGGCUUAUGAAAAGGGCGAGAACAAAAUCGACGACUACAAUUUCGGCACUAUGCUCAGAAAAAGUCCCAAGAUGGAGUAUGGAGAGAAGGAGACCAUCUUUGUCAUCCGGAUGCAGUUUUAUGCCAUCGAGAUUGCCAGAAAUCGUGCGGGACUAAACGACUGGAUCUACGAGAGUGCCCAGAAAGAAGCCGGCAAGAAGUCCUGA